CGUAAUUUGUGGCAAUUAUUGUAUGACGUGGUGUUACGUUUGACCACCUGAUUUUGACAAGUUGAUAAACGUCAAAUUGCAGUAAAACAUUCUAGAAUUUGUAUAAACAAGUCUGUAAAGGCCCAAAGUUAUCGAUAAAUAAUGGUUUACGUUGCUGGAGACGGGACAAUCCACCAAAGCCCUCCUUGGAGUUUAAACCGUUUGACUAAACUGUUUUAUGGGGCCAUAUAUUUUGUAAUUUUCUUCUUCAAGAGUUUAGUUGGUUUAGAUGGACCCUCAACAAGCAUUGGAACUUCAAGAUCAAGCGGUUCACUAUUUAGAGGAAGUGGCGGUGGCGGCGGCGGCGGUGGUGACGGAGGAGGCGGCGGGGGAGGUCCAUUUAGACCUGGUGGGGGCGGUCCUUCAAAACGAAUAAUGACCAUGAAAGAUAUCAACCCACCAAGUGUAUCAAUGGGCGGAUGUCCUGGAGGUGCAUGCGGACGAUAAUCUUACAGUUUAUCUCAAACACUAUUAAUUUAUGUUCAUGUUGAAGUAUAAGAGAUGAUACAAUUGAUAAAAAAGUUUAUUUUAUUUAUAUUUAUAAGAUGCUUCUUUUAAACAUUGCCUUAAUAAUUGUUAUUUGUAACUGAUUCCUGAAUAAAAACUAUAAAAAUA